AUGAACGUCUUCAAAUCUCUCGGAAAACUCAUUUGGGGUGACUCCUCCAACCCAGAGCUCGUUCAAAUCUCAUCAGGACAGUUCUACGUCUACAAGCCCUCUGGCGCACGGUCGAAGACCCGGGAAUGCAUCUAUAUUGACUCCAUGGCAACGAUUCGGCGCACUACUCAACCCUUCCAGUAUGUCUUGGCCAUCAACCGCGUUUUUGAGGAAGGCGAGGAGACUUUGGAGGACGAUGAGCAAGAACUUGACGACGAAAAAGUUUUUUUGAUCGACCAGACCAUGAAGUUCAGGAAGGGUGUCUCGGCUGGAGCGACCACCUUCACGUGGCAAGGCCUCUCGGCAGACGAUGCUGGUCUUGAAUACGAGUUUGUCUGCGAUGACGAAACCACGGUGUUCACCGCCAACAACUUUGAAAUCACUGCCUAUCACUGCAUGUACGAGCGCAAGUACCAAAAGACGCAUUUUUCCGCGGACGAUGAUGCAGUCGAAGAAUUCCAGCUCCCUCCUACGUCAUCGAGAUCCAGCACAGCAGCAGCAGUAUCCCCUGGGGCUACUUCACCUCGAGCCAGUAAAGCAUCGCCUGCCCUCAAGAAAGAGAGCUUGGCUCCUGUGAAAAAGGAAGAGGACAUCGACAGACCUGCCCAACGUGACGCCCCCACCAAGUACGAUGGAGUUGCAGAGGCGACAGGACAAUUGAAUCUCUUCGAUCCAAAGACAAACUUGUUCAUGCCCCAGGCGGAGCUUAUCAGAUGCCAACUUCUUCGCGCUGAAAAGUUCAAAUACUGGCUUGUCGUUCUCUCGAAGGAUGGAGAGCAGCAGCUUGCUCAGCCUGUGGAGGCAAGGAUGAACCCUGUGUUCAGUGCAUCACACCUUUCUUUUAUCUGGAACUACUUUGACGAGCAACACAACGUUUACUCCUGGUUGAUUCGGUUCCCUAACGAGGCUGCCCUUUCAGAGUUCCAGGCCGUUUUCGGAGAGUGCAUGUAUGAGUCUCUAAACAAGCUUUCGUGGGACAAGGUUCCGUCUACUGAUCAGGAGUACAUGAUCAAAACGUUCCAGGAUGAUGUUGAAAUGUCGCAGUCUGACAGGGAUGAGGAGGAGGAAGAAGAAGAGGAAGAAGAGGAGGAAGAGGAAGAGGAGGAGGAAGAAGAGGAUCUCUUUUCCGACGAAGGCGACGAUAGCUAUGACGAGGACGAAGACGAACAAGAGGAGAACCCUCAUGAGGCUUUCAAGCAGGAUACAGCCAAGAACAGUCAAUUAGCCGUCGGCUUCAAGGACAGAUCAUAUGUCGUGCGUGGCGAUAAGAUCGGCGUUUUCAAGCACAACGAGCGCGACGGACUGGAUUUUUCGACCACCAUCAAGAACAUCAAAAACAAAGCUGGCAGAGACGUCAACCCCUCUCGAGUUGUGUUGCACCAGCAGGAUUCUGCGAUGGUCAUGAUGGACUCUCGAGAUCUGGAUACUGCCUACAAGAUGGAUCUGGAGUACGGAAAGAUUGUCGAGGAAUGGCAUAUGCCUGGAACAACUGGUAUUUUGAACCUAGUAGGCGACUCCAAGUACUCCAACUUGACGGACAACAAGACCAUGGUGGGACACUCGCACAACGCCAUGUUCCGCGUCGACCCUCGUUUGUCUGGCAACAAGAUUGUCGAUAGUGCCUUCAUUCAAUAUGCCAAGAGCAACGAUUUCACCAGCAUUGCAACAACGGACAAUGGAUCUGUAGCUGUUGCUGGAGCCAACGGUGAGAUCAAGUUGCUGAACACUAUUGGCAAGCCUGCCAAGACGGCUCUUCCUGGACUCGGAGAUCCUAUUAUCGGCCUUGACGUGACAGCCGACGGUCGCUGGGUCAUUGCCACCUGCAAGACGUACUUGCUCUUGAUCGACGUCCUCAACCCAGAGAACAAAAAGCUCGGAUUUGAUGCCAGUUUCCCUGCCAAGAACAAGCCAAAGGCAAUCAAGCUGCAUCUCAAGCCUGAGCACGUUGCUGCAAUCAGACAAGCCGUCUCCUUCACAACGGCGCGUUUCAAUACCGGCGUGAAUGAAGCAGAAAAGACUAUUGUGACGAGUACGGGGCCUUAUGUUAUCACCUGGAACUUCCGUCGCGUCAAGAACGGACACUAUGAGUACCAGAUCAAGCAGUACGCCGACCACGUCGUUGCAGACAAUUUCAAGUUUGGCCAAGACCGGUCCAUCGUUGUCGCCCUGCCUCACGAUGUCACGGCUGUCGCCAAGCGCAAUCUGUCCAGCUUCUCAGAUGCCUUCAAGGUACCUUAUUGA